GGAGGACUCUAGAAUGUUAGGCCCGUGGUUGCCAUAGCAACGGGGAGGCUGGGUAGCCCAGAUUCAGCCCAGGGAGACCCAAGGAGGUCCAUGACAUUCUGUCAUGAACAGUGACACAAGGAACUGCAGCGCUAGGGCACAUCUGGGCGGCGCUCCGUUCACACCUGGUCUGCACCUGGUCUCAUCCUGGCUUCACAGGUACUUAGAAGAACAUGUAGUAGAGUUUUUCAUCAAACAAAUGGAACAUAUCACAGAACUUUGCUAAGAUGGACAACUCAGCGCGCAAAGACCAACACCCUGACAAAAAAUAUUCCAGCCAUCCCAGCAAAUUACAGAAAGGUUUUACUGCUGCAUAUCCAACACAAUCCUCCAUUCCUUUUAAAAGCCGGACUUCAACAAUUCCAGAAUCAGAAAAAAAGGGAUUCAAUAGUCAAGCCAAGAGAUUUUAUUAUAAAAAGGAUAGCAUCCCAGGUCCGGGGUUCUACAACGUCAUUCACCAAUCUCCAGUGUUCAACAGUGCCUCGUUGUCUAAGAAAGGGACGUGCACUUUUCCCUCUAUGCGCGCCCGGUUGGACACCAUCAUUUCUAAAUACCCUGCAGCAAACGCAUACACUAUCCCAUCACGUCUUGUCUCGAAGAAAGACUUCAGUAAUUCCUGUUCCAGCAUGUUCCAGUUGCCAAGCUUUGCAAAAGUCCUCAAAUUUGAAACUCCUGCACCAAACCAGUACAAUACCUCUGUCUCUUACUGCAAGCAGAGAAACAACAUCUGUGCCCAAGCCGGGUUUCUGUCCAAAACCCAGAGAGGAUUUUUCAGUGUCGCUGAAACGGGACCUGCCCCAGGACAUUAUAAUAUCAACGACUCCCUUGUGAAGCAGUCACCAAAGGUAUUAAUGUCUUGUUUUAAAUCAAAAACUGAACGUGGAUUAAAACUGACAUCAACGGGCCCUGGACCUGGUUAUUACAACCCCAAUGAUCACACCAAGAUUCUGAAAAAGACUCUUAUCCCGAGAAACCCCAUCCUGAACUUCUCGGCGCAGCCUUUGCCCCUGCCCCCGAAGCCGCCCCUCCCAGGCCCUGGGCAGUAUGAGAUCGUGGACUACGCAGGGCCCCCCAGACACUUCAUCUCCAGUGCGUCAUUUGUGUCCAACACCAGCCGGUGGACAGCGGCCCCGUCCCAGUCAGGCCUGCCAGGCCCAGCCACGUACAGGCCAGAAUUCCCUGGAAAGCAGUCCUUUCUGUACAAUGAGGACAACAAAUGGAUCCCGGUGUUGUAGGGCCCUCACACAAGCUCAGGGAGGACCCUGGCCACCAGCUGCCCCACCCAGGAUCGCUGGGACAUUCAUUCAGAGAAUGUCCGUUUCGUGUAGGACGGAUGACUUCCCGUAGGCAGCUCUGCACCCCUCCCCUCCGCCCCAGCUGCUACUGAGCUGGGCUCCUGCAUUUGUCCUUGUCUUGAGCUGUCCCUUGGAGACUGGACCUCCAUGUCUACUGACUCCAGUGGUUUCCUGAACAGAAAUGAGGAGUGGACAGAGCCUCUCUUGUUUACCUCGCCGUGCACCUAUCCAUGCUGUCUUCCACGGGCCUCCCCGCGGAUGUAAGGGGCUGCUAAACUCAGACUCCAGCGAGAAGGUGGCCAACAGCAGAUUCCCCGUCUAGAUGCCUGAUGCUGAGCCGUGGCUCUGGGCUCCAGAGCACACCUGCAGGAUGGACCACACAGGACCGCAGCCCAGGCACGCUCGCAUCCUUCAGCCUUGACCCCCAGACUUCCCCUGGAGUCUCCGGAGCUGGGAAGGCCCAGAGGCGCUUGUGAUAGACACAGAAGGAUUGCCUGGGCCCUCGCCUCCAGCUAGAUUUUUCUGUCUCCCAUUUAGGAAGAGCACGGCAGCCAGUCACUGUGGUCACUUGUGCUCAUUACCCACCUUCUGGAGGGGCCACCGCAUCCCCUGGGUGGCUCAGUAUUCGGCAGCCCACGUGGGCAGGAGGCUGCCGGAACCAGGGCCCUGGAAACUGUGAUUCUGAGGGGCAGGGAGGCCACACACCACUUGGUGCCUGUGGAUCAUUUCUUUCCCCGGGACUUCCUUGUCCCCAGGCCUGGCCUCUGUCUCCUUCCAGACCUGCUGCUCCAGCUUGACACAGUCUUCGGUGGAUCUUUUCUGGCCUGCCAAAUCAGCUUCCUCCUGGCAAAAGGAAGAGAUUCCCAAAGAACCAAGGGGAGCACCAAGGGGAGCUGGAACUGAGCACUUGCCCCAAAUACUGAUGUUGUUCACAUCUGCCAGAGCAAGGCUCUGCUGCAACCUCCUCCCUGCUCCCCACACAGUCAAGGCCUCUGACUUCCUGGGCCCCGCCUCUGACUUUUCUCUGUGACCAGAGAACGGUUUUCCUGUCCUAAUAGCUGCUGACUGGCCCUCCCUUUGGGGGCAGGUGGGUGAGGAAGAGGGAGGGAGAUGGAUAGAAUAUCACAUCCAAUUAAACUGAAUUCUUGCAUCUCACGAAAGCUGGCCUUUUUGUGAACCC